UGGCGCUCCAGUUCCAGCUCUCUCCCAAAAUGGCUUCACGGACGGAAACCACUGACCUAACAAUGCCCCAUCCUGCCCCAGCCACACCGUUGUUCGAUGAUGCAGUCGCCGCAAUACGCAACUCGAUCAUGCGAGAGCACAGCUCUUACUUCCAGAGCAAUGCGACGGCGGCGUCGUUGAUGGAUGAGCUGCGUCGCGUCUCUGUUGGCAACGGCGCCGCAGACCCAACCGUGGUGGCUUGCAGCCGAAAGUUGGUGUUAUUUAUCCGGGCUUUUGCGCCAUACUUUGACGUUCUGAGUACUUGCAUCACGCUCCGGCCAGAAUGGGUCCAUUGGUUUUGGGGCGCAGUCCGCCUCGUAGUCAAGAUAAGUAGCGACUACCUUCUGCUCCUGGAGAAAGCCGCCGACAUGUUCGAGGCUAUUGCCCACGUACUGCCUCCUUAUCAGCACAUGUACAAUGCCUCUAGCCAACACACCGCUGAACCGUAUCUGAAAGAGGAAGACGGUGACCUGGCAACGCUCCUAUCUCAUGUCUAUGCCGACCUUGUACAGCUGUUUCUGGAAAUCUACCGCAUCUUCUGCCGAGGCACUCAAGCCCACGCAGUGUCAUGGCGGCCACUCGACUCUAGAUUAACGCGUUUAGAGGUGCGAUUAGGUAAACAUAGAAGAUGGCUAGAGAGAGAAACACAAAACCAUGUCCAGCAAUAUGCCGACGUGUCACAUUAUCGAAAGCAGUACCUUGACUUUCUACGCAACCAAGAGCGAAUCAGAGCCAGCGACAUUCCAGAGAAUGAAGGGCAAAGAACCGCAAAGCGAUGGAGGAGAGUGGAGAAAGCGCGGAGCUGGCUUUGCAGCUCAUCUGCCCUGAGCCAAGUCGACCGCCGCCCUGAGCCAUACAAUCCCGACUCGUGUGCAUGGUUCUUACAGACUUCGGUUUACUGCAAAUGGAGGAACCGACCGUUUGAAAAGACAGUGGCCAACGAUGCGGAUUUCUUGGUGAACAGUUGGCAGCAUCGAGUGCUCUUCAUACAGGCACAAGUCGGUUUUGGUAAAACUUUGAUUUCGCACUCAGUAAUUGAUAACCUUGUGGCUGAGGCCGAGGAUCCCGAUUUCUGUGGCGAGCCACCCGCCAUCGCAUACUAUCAUUUCAAUCGCCUCCAUUCAGAACACAACAAUCCGGACGAUGCCUUCCGCGCUAUUGCAUGUCAGCUGCUUCAAGCGCACCACAACGAUCACUCAACUCUGGAUGCUGUGUGCCUUCUACUACGCAAAACUUCAUUUCGAGAACACGCAACUACCGAUGAGGUGAUGAACUUUCUGGCCUUGCUUUUACGGCAGCACCCUACCUAUUUGGUGAUUGACGGUAUCGACGAGUGUAUUGAUAUGGAGGGUUUCUUGACAUUACUAGCAAGAUUGUGCCGGGUUUCUGACACAAGGGUCAUCUUGUUCUCCAGACCAGACUUGAAGAUACCGUUGGAGUACCAAAAGUGGGCAUCCGAUGCCCCCCACAUUUUCGCUCUCACGAGCCAGCAUAACUCAGCGGCUAUUGAAGGCUUUCUGGCACCAGAACUGAACCGCCUGGCAGAUCAAGGCUUUUUUGGGAUAUCGAUGGACCGGACGCUCAUUCCACAGCUCACACAGACAGCAAAUGGCGAAUUUUUAUGGGCCAGCAUGCUGCUCAGAUUCCUUCAGUCGCCUAUUCUUUCAUCAGAAGAACGAGUUACUGUUAUUCUCCACACCCAAUCAUUGCAAGGUUUGGGCCCGCUUUACCGUACCAUGCUUGAUGCGCUGGCGCGUCAUUCACAGCACAAGAAGCGAAUCAUUACUGAUUGUUUCCGCUGGCUAUCUCACGGAAUUCAUCGCAUGGAGCCAGCUGCGCUACGAGCGGCUUUGUGUACAUACGAUGCAGAAAUAAGUGAGACCCAUACAGUGGAUAUCGUAAACGCAUUGGACGAGCUCACCUGCGGUCUUCUUCUGAUCAAAGAUGACAGUAUCCUUUUCGCCCACGAAUCCGUGUGCGACUUUCUUCAGUCUCCCCAUUCCCACGACUCGGAAUUCAGCUUGUACGAUGAGAGUAGUGUACAUGCGCAUCUCGCAGCAAACUGUCUCUCUUAUCUUGCCUACGACAUACCGAAGCGCCCACUUGGUGCUCUUCAACCUCAUAUUCCACCCACACCACCUGUGGAAUCUACGAGUAGCAGUGCGAGUCAGCGUACAAUGGCAUCUGCAGAUAGCGGAUACAAGUCACUGUCCUCAUCAGACGUCGAUAACAACAAUCCCGUGGCAUCUAUCGUGCCUACUCCACGCAACAACUCAAGAGCAAGCAGUAUACGCACUGUACCUUUCGACACUCAACUUCCGUUUCUACGCUACGCCGCACUCUUCUGGCCUAUACACUUAAGUCGUGCGUUAUCCCUGUCUUCUCACCACUCUACUGCAUUGGCAAGGGAUACACUAGCCUACCUUCCUGCCUUGGGCGCGUUCCUCUCGUCGCGCUUCGCCGUCACGUCAUGGGUCGAGGCUUCUUUCCGAUACAACCUCCCUCCCACGCUCACACGCCUCAUCGGACCACUAUCCGACUUGAAAGGCGAGAUCUCGCCUUCGACCACGAAGGGCAGGGAGCUGAGACUGGCGAGAGAAUACGAAAGUAUUAUGCGGCAGAAUCCAAGUCUGAUCUGGCAGAUGGAUGAACCGGGUGCGGAACAUUACUGGCCAGUUUGGGAAGAUGUUAUUGCAAAUGGGAGUAUGCGGUGACAAGACGAUGAUGGUAUAGACUAUAUUGCGCUCAUUUCCUACAGUG